AUGUCACCGAUUCUCUACUGUUCAAUUUGUUUGGGUUUUAUACUAUGCUAUUCCAUCGCAACAAAGAUUGAUGUAGAAGGUCAAUCAUCAUUAAUAAACCGAUAUGAUGAGCGAUCAAUCACAAGCGAUAAGAGAAACAAUAUUUUUAAUUCACCGUUUCAUGGUUUACUGAAGAAAACAAAGAAUGAAAAUAACAUACGUCGAAGAAGAGAUGAAACUCAUAAUGUUGAUAUGAAAGCGGUUGUAGCAAAGCUAGAAGAUCAUCGAACAAUGAUUAAUGAUCAUCGAACGAUGAUUGAUGAUCAUCGAACAAUGAUUAACAACUUUAAUAACAAUUCGAUCCAUGUCGAUACAAUACAACAAGCUAUUUCUAAACAUCAUUCCAGCGCACCUCCAUUCGAAGCAGCAUCGUCGACUAGAUCAAGCAAUAGCGGUAAGGAUAGACGAUGGUAUUUAACCGAUGGCAUUGUCGGAGAUGAACGUGCGGAGAGGGCAUUUGGGGAUGACGUUAUUGCUGUGAACGGACUUUGCAUGAAAGGACAAAUGCGAUUCAACAUCACGAGCAGGCUGACUUCUGACAGAACAACACAACUUGCAAAUUCACUUAAAUCAAAGCUCGAAGAUAUCAUUCGCGACCGUUUUUCUGCUAAGCCACCUAUUGAAAUAGAUUAUUCAAAUGAUUUCGAGCAACCAUUUGUUUUAUUAAAUGCCGAUUCCGAUAAUAUAUUGUUCAUUUUGCCACCUGGCGACGGUGGGGCUGAAAGCUACUUUAAUAAUAUUGUGCCACAUUUAUCAUCAUAUAAACUGGUAAUAUUCAACAAUUAUUAUUAUAAUCUUAAAGAAAAAAAUAUGAAAAAAGGCGCCUCAUUCGAAGCAUUAGCUCGUUUAUACAUAAAGUAUAUAAAACUAAUUCAACUCAACGGCCCAUAUAACUUUUUGGGUUGGAGUUUCGGCGGAGUUUUAUCAUUUGAGAUUGCCCGCCAAUUAAAUAACGCUGGUGAUCCCGUUGCUAAUAUACUCAUGAUUGACUCGUAUUUUAACAUGAGUAAGGCUUAUUUGGAAAUCGGAAAAAUGAAUUCAGUGGAUGAAGUCAAUCAAAUUAGCUAUUCAUAUUUACCACAGAUAGACAACGAGGCGUUUGGAUUAAAUAUAGCCAAUAUGAAUAUAAAAAUUGUAUUAUUUAAAGCUAACUUGGUGAAGGAGGGCUAUUUGUUGAACGAUCAAUUAGAAUUUUUUAAAUACUAUAUCAAUACAACAUUUAAUUGCCUAGAUACAUUAGUGAAUCAUAAAUAUAUUCAACUAUUUCAAAUGUAUGAUGAUAGUCACUUUUCUUGGGUAUCUAAUAAAGAGCAAAUCGUCAAAAUAUGCAACUAUGUAGCAAGUAUAUUAAAAUAG